AUGAUUCCUGUAAGAUAUUCACGGAUAUGCGCCACGCUGUGGCUGUUCUGCGCCGUCCUCAGCGCCACUGCGGAGUCUGGCGAUCAGAACACAACUACCACAAAGGCCAUUCGCACCACCAUCCUCCCCUCGAGAACCACGAGGACCGAACUCAAAGUCUCUAGGAGCCUUAACCCUCUCAGUACAGAGACUGUUAACGUCAAAACAAAAGCUGGACACGUGACGCAACUCAUAGUCAAAAAGAAAGACUCAAAGUCCACAACAUACGCCAGCACCACAACCCCCGCCCCCACAACUGUGUCCGUUAAAACAACAUUUAUUAAUGCCACAGGAGACGAUAAAAACAAAACUGAAGUUAGAGAUCAAAGGAAACUUAAUUUUGUCGGAACUGUCAACAGUGAUCUAGCCGGUUUCGAUUACUACCUGAACCGGAACAAAGACGAAAGCUUCGGUGAUGUCAAAGCAGAAUACGGAAACUGGUCACCCGUCUCUGUCUACCCUGAAUCCCACAUUCAGGAAGAUGGCAGAAAACCGGACAUAGAUCCUGAAACAGCCAGUUACUAUCCCACAUAUGAUAACGAUAAAAAAAUGGAAAACAAAAAAGUUUAUAUCACAUCAACAAGUUUCCUUGACUAUGGUGGACGUGUUAAAAGCUACAAAUUCGAUCCCCAUAACCCGAUCAUUAAAAAUGAUAGGAACCCGGUAUAUAUUGAAGUUGUAAGCACUAAAGUGUCAGACGGGGAAGAUGACACAUUUAAAGUCCCUGAUCCUGUUGUAGUAAGUUCAGAUCCAAUGUACUUAAAGAAGGCUAUUGACAAAUAUAACAAGCGUGGAAGGUCUAUUUUAUCGGUAAGUGAUGAAGGAAUCCCGGAAAUUCAUGGCGUUAGAGUACCCGAUGACGAAACUGACAAGAAGACUUGGCGUAAUGCAAGAGUAGUCAAUGGUGAAUUAUUGCCUUACCCUGAAGGAUACACUCCUCCAAAAGCAAUACCCGAAGCAGAUGUUUACCCAGAUCUAUCAGCGGCCGAGCCUUCACAAAGUUUCGGUCCUUUCACUAAGGAAGACAACUUUAAACAUAAAGACGGGCCGUUUACGAAAUUUGACAAUGUUAAAUUUGAUGCUGAUGACGCUGUUGAUCCUUAUACUAUCAACAACAAUCCAAAUUAUGUGUAUAAACAGAAAAAAGACAAUCAUUACUUGAAAUCUAGCUACGGUCCUUUCACUAAAGCCGAUAAUUCAAAAGUAGCCAACUCAAAACUCAUCGAAUACAUUAAGCAGAUAAACGAGCAAGAGUCGAAGCGUGACUACUUUAGUGGGCGCAGUUCAAGAGCUCAUGGAGAUAUGGAUUAUGCCGAGAGUCACAUACAAAGAAGAAUGCUCCAACAUCCAGGAGAUGUUAAUUUUCCUAACUCUUUAGUAUAUACACCUAAAAAUUCUAAAGUAAUCUUUGACGAAAGUCAAAGAAAUCCAGUUUUACAAUAUGCUCAUCCUGAACUCGGAAUUCAACCUGCCAAGGCAACGCGUGAUGGUGUCGACAACUAUGAGACCAUGGGAAGGAAGGUUAAAUACUAUACCAGCGUACCAAAGAGCGCUCAUCCUUAUCCCAUGGAGCCUAUAAAUGGGUAUAACCAACAAAGAUCUCAAAGUAAAAUACCCCCUAGCAACAGAUACUAUGAAGACGAAUAUAAUAAAUUCUCGUAUUAUGAACGCAACCAUAGUCCGAAAUACCCGUACUCUUAUAGCUACGUUAAACGUGUACCAGAGCCUUCUUUAUGGAAGAGAUUCACAGAUUCUAUGAAAGACACAAUAAACAGCGCAAGUCAAACAGUUCAGUCACUAACGCGACCCAUCAUAGAUCCAAUUACAAAAAUAACUCAACCUGUAUUCGAUCCAAUUGUGGAAGCAACACACAAAAUUUCACACAACUUAGGCCUCUACCCAUCCAACGCAAUACAAACACAAAGGUACGCUCAGGACAAGAUAGGCGUCGCAGCUGCUGCAUCGGGGGCUCCUGCUAUGCUUCCAGCAUUGGGACUUAUGGCUGGAGGAGCAGCGUUAGGUCUCGGGGCAGUAGCAAUGGGCAGGUUUUUAGAUGUUAAUUUAAUGCGAAACUCUGGUCUUAAUGAAGAUACCGAUGAAGAUGAAUUGGAAAAAGAGCACAAACGUGCAUUUCUUGGUGCACCGUACGAUAUUGACAAGCAAAUAUUAAGUACGCAGAAAUUCUUUGACGAUAAUUACAAAAUGCCAAGUGAAAAUGUUUAUGUGGUAAUGUCACCCGAUGACAGCGAGGGUAAUCGCGCCAAACGGGAUUUACUGAGCUAUGUCAACGUGCCAUAUCACAGUGGUGUGUUAAAAAGAGUGAAGCACAGUGUUAAAAGAUCGUUAUCAGAAGACAUGCCUGACGACUUACAGCGUGUGGACAGUGGUUUAAGCUCAUCAAGUUUAACUACGGCAGCCAUGGAUUUGGUGAGACAAACGGACUGGAGAGAUUCGCAGUGUGCAAAAUUCACAUUCUGCAAAGUGCUAACAUCGCAACCGUCGGAUUCAAUCUUCGCAAUGGAGAAGAAAAUGGAGUCAUUACUCAAAAUGAUUUCCCGUGCCAACAGUGACAGUGCGUCUGCAGUGGCACAUCAGUUGGGCGACGUGAUGGCAGCGAGCCGCGACCACGACUGCGCCCGCUUCUACUGCGACCGGCACUGA